AUGGAUCUUGUAUGGAGGAAUGGGAAGGGUGCAAGUCAUUUGGAAAUUGCUUCCUUAAACUUAAUUGAUCUAAAGGGUUGCCAUUUGUGGCAUCAAUCUUCCAUUGCCCAUAACCAGAAUCAGACAUCUGUUGAUGCAAAAAUUGUUCAAGGAGCAAGUGCUGAGUUUGAGAUUGCUGUUGUUGCUGCAGUUUCAUCUGGUGAUGGUGAAGCUGCUGCUUCAAGUGAUGCUGUUGCUGAAGCUCCAACUGACGCAGGCGUUGCUGAAGUUCCAGCUGACGCUGGUGUUGCUGAAACUCCAACUGACGCUGGUGUUGCUGGAGCUCCAACUGACGCUGACGUUGCUGAAGCUCCAACUGAUGUUGAUGUUGCUGAAGCUCCAAUUGGUGAUGCUGUUGGCGAAGCUCCAACUGACGCUGCUGUUGACGCUGUAGUUCUAAGAGAUGUUCUAUAUCCGCAACAGGAUGAUGGAACGGCUGGAUAUUAA